CCGCGUCGUUGUGUACUGGCCGCUAUGUGCUAUGUUGGGUGGGCUGGGUAGCCAUGGCUCCAAAGAUGAGACUGACAUUCGGGGGACGGAUCGUGGAAAGACGACCAAAAAAAGAGAUCGCAGGCAAGGAUUCUUGACUCCAAGAAUCAGUGACGCCAUUCGGAAACCCAGCCGUCCCACCCACUGUCUCGUUUUGAGCACCAACGCACCGCAGAGAGUGCACCCCGAUAGCCGCCGAAUGGGUGACGAGGAUUUGACGGCUACGACCUUUGCAAUUUCCGUCUUGGGCGUCGCGGUGCCACAGCCAGAUGCUCGUUGCAACACUGUUCCCGGUGCUGGCUUGGUGGAGCGUGCCGUGCUUCCAUCGAGCUGGUAUCGGCUUCGUGUGCCAUCGACUGAAUUUCUCACUUCCUUCCAAAAUAUGGACUUGAUGGAUUCGCACCAGUGUCUUCGCAUAAUAGGCCAUGCAGAUGCAAAGCCCUUGGUUCCUUCGGAUCCAUGGACCAACUGACCGUUGUUUCUUGCGGCGAUCGCCAGGCAAAGUUGGAUUAAACGGAGCCAAGCCACGGGCGGCCCACCGUCUGUUUGAGACGGAACCAAAAAGGGAGACCCACUGUGGCCGUAGUAA